AUGUACGAGGUCAUAAUCCCCAACAAGGCCAGCGGGUUCCUCACGCCCCGCGGACAAGCCCACGUCUUGGACCGCAUCGACCAAGACCGCGGCGACGCCGAACAGGACAAGGCGACGGGGGCCAAAAUCUUCCACCACCUCCCCGAUUGCAAGUCGUACUUUUGGGCUUUCAACCUGCUGGCGUCUGCUAUGCCCAGCUAUGCGCUCGCCUUCUUCAUGCCCAUCAUCCUGACCGAGGGCAUGGGUUUCAGCACCGCCCAUUCGAUGCUGCUCAUGACUAGUAUGAUGCUUAGAUUCAUCAUAGAUGUAUAUUUCUGGCGCCGCAGCAAGGCCGUCAAAAAGAGGGCAAAGUGCUAG